AUGAAAUUAUUCUCUUUUUUAACUAUUUUAUUUCUUUCAAGUGUAUUUGCAUUGACAACAAAUGCUCAAGGAAACUUUUACAUUCAUGUAUUGGUAUAUACAAGCAAUAAUUUUUGUGGAGCACCAAGUCUUGUAAAAGUAUCCUCAGUAGCAGUAGGCCAAUGUUACCCUAUCAGUGAAGGAACCGCAUACAAAUCAUUUAAAUACCAAUUCGAUGAUUUGAAUUCAAAUUACCAAUUAGAUGCAUACAGUGAUGCAAGCUGUACAGUUGGUCAAGCUACUAAAUUCUCUACUGCAUUGGAAACUUGUAAUGCAAUGGGUUUGAAUAGUUAUAUGAUCAAGAAUAUCAAUAAUCUUUUGUACCCUACUCCAGGAUUCCAUUAUUAUGAAAGAAACCCCAUAAAUUCUGAGUGUUCAGGUGGUUUUUAUACAGCCAGAAUAAUGAUUAAACCAGAUGCAUGUGUUCCACUUGAAACCUUUGAAACUGGUUUUGGUAUGCUAUCGGCUUCUAAUGGUGCUACUAAUACCUCACUCCAGAUAAGUUCACCCACUUGCCAAUCAGCCCAAAAUACAAUUUUGGGUAAAUGUGCGACUGUAUGGCCCGAAGUUCCCUUUGUAACGGUCACUAUACCAUUUUAUAUGGAUGAUCCACUAGUAGGUGUAAAUGCAGUCUAUUUUAACUAUGCAAACAAUCCUUUUAGUCGUUGGUUCCUUCAAUUCGCAUUGGCAAACAAGCAAUCGUCUGGAGCAGCCGGUCAAGGAGCUAUGUGUGUCCCAAAUUCAUGUCGAAUUACCGCUCUAAAUGCAGCUACAAGUUACUCUAUGAAUGUUAGUAUCACACUUCCCUAUGAAAAUUACAUGCCAACUCCAUUUAUCGAUUAUGUAAUUAAAAAUUAUACAACUCUUCCAACCCCAACUUUAGAAGUACAAGAUAUAAUCACUUCCACUUCUGCUACAUUCAUCUAUAACCAUACAUGUAUAGCUUCAGUUGGCAACAUUAAAAUCACUCUGACCCCCAAUGUUAGUUGCUCGUCACCUACCAACAAUUCAUUCUUUUGUUAUGGACUAGAACCAAGCACUACCUACUCGUACGGUAUCAAUGUGCUAUGUGUAGAUUAUCCUGUCAAUUCGAUUAGAUCUUUCACAACGCUCGCUGCACUUCAAAAGCCAAACAUCUGGGUCAAACAAAUCAACACCACUGCCUUUAAUGUUACCUAUCCGGCUUCCGGUGGUGUUCCAGGUGGUAGUUCAUAUGACGUCGAUAUCGAAGGUGUCGGUUCCAUCUAUUCCAACACUACUCUCACCAAUGUAGUUGUCAAUAUUACCAAUAACAUUGAUCCAAGUGGUUAUAACGUCCAAGUAGUAGCUCGUAACAAUAAUAUGACUCAAACAAAUUAUUUCCUAUUCCAAUUUAAAACUUUAUUGAUAAUUGAAGAUGUUAAAUUCAAAGCUGAACAAACAACUUUAAAUGUUACAUGGAUGGUUAAUGAUACUGAAACACCUGUUGAACGUCAAACAUUUGUUGCAUUCUCUACAUCACUCGGUGGUGCAUACACACAGAGAUGUAAUAUCACAUUACGUGAAUCAUUUAAUUGCAUAAUUGAUGGUUUGUCACCAGACACUUUGUACUAUAUUCAAAUCACUCUCCGUGAUAUUUACUUUGAGGAUAUUGUCUCUAUCAAUUCCGUCAAAACCAUUGCUCCUCCCAAUAACAGUUCGAGUGAAGUCAGCUCUGCCAUCUCUACGAUCAUUGUACACCAACAACAACAAUCUAUGUUAUUAUGUCUUCAUGCAUCUUCAACUUGCAACAUUAUAUUUUAA